UCGAGCGGUUCUUUACCCGUACAUGCCCAUAUCACUGGUGGGUCAAAAUGUGACUUGCAAUAAAGAUGUUGGUUUCAAAUGCAUCAACAAAGAACAAGGGCAUCAGCAACAGUGUUAUGAUUAUGAAAUCCAAUUAAAAUGCUGUGGGUGUUCCAUUCCAUCAACUCCUUCAACUACGCCAACCACCACAACUUCGACCACAACUGAAACACCAACAACAACUCAGCCACCCACAACAACUCCUUCCACAACAGUGCCAACUACAACACCUUCAACUACGCCAACCACCACAACUCCUUCCACAACUGUUCCAACUACAACACCUUCAACUACGCCAACCACCACAACUCCUUCAACUCCUUCCACAACAGUUCCAACUACAACACCUUCAACUACGCCAACCACCACAACUUCGACCACAACUGAAACACCAACAACAACUCAGCCACACAUUACUACAUCUUGCCCUGAGGGACACUAUAUUGCAUGUGAAUGGUCAGAAUGGAUUAAUGUUGGCAAACCCACAUCAGGCCCUGAUGGUGGGGAAGAUGAAUCCAUCCAGAAGACAAUCUCAGCUGGUCAACUUGUAUGCUCUCAUCUUAAAGAAGUCCAGUGUCGAGCGGUUCUUUACCCGUACAUGCCCAUAUCACUGGUGGGUCAAAAUGUGACUUGCAAUAAAGAUGUUGGUUUCAAAUGCAUCAACAAAGAACAAGGGCAUCAGCAACAGUGUUAUGAUUAUGAAAUCCAAUUAAAAUGCUGUGGGUGUUCCAUUCCAUCAACUCCUUCAACUACGCCAACCACCACAACUUCGACCACAACUGAAACACCAACAACAACUCAGCCACCCACAACAACUCCUUCCACAACAGUGCCAACUACAACACCUUCAACUACGCCAACCACCACAACUCCUUCCACAACUGUUCCAACUACAACACCUUCAACUACGCCAACCACCACAACUCCUUCAACUCCUUCCACAACAGUUCCAACUACAACACCUUCAACUACGCCAACCACCACAACUUCGACCACAACUGAAACACCAACAACAACUCAGCCACACAUUACUACAUCUUGCCCUGAGGGACACUAUAUUGCAUGUGAAUGGUCAGAAUGGAUUAAUGUUGGCAAACCCACAUCAGGCCCUGAUGGUGGGGAAGAUGAAUCCAUCCAGAAGACAAUCUCAGCUGGUCAACUUGUAUGCUCUCAUCUUAAAGAAGUCCAGUGUCGAGCGGUUCUUUACCCGUACAUGCCCAUAUCACUGGUGGGUCAAAAUGUGACUUGCAAUAAAGAUGUUGGUUUCAAAUGCAUCAACAAAGAACAAGGGCAUCAGCAACAGUGUUAUGAUUAUGAAAUCCAAUUAAAAUGCUGUGGGUGUUCCAUUCCAUCAACUCCUUCAACUACGCCAACCACCACAACUUCGACCACAACUGAAACACCAACAACAACUCAGCCACCCACAACAACUCCUUCCACAACAGUGCCAACUACAACACCUUCAACUACGCCAACCACCACAACUCCUUCCACAACUGUUCCAACUACAACACCUUCAACUACGCCAACCACCACAACUCCUUCAACUCCUUCCACAACAGUUCCAACUACAACACCUUCAACUACGCCAACCACCACAACUUCGACCACAACUGAAACACCAACAACAACUCAGCCACACAUUACUACAUCUUGCCCUGAGGGACACAAUAUUGCAUGUGAAUGGUCAGAAUGGAUUAAUGUUGGCAAACCCACAUCAGGCCCUGAUGGUGGGGAAGAUGAAUCCAUCCAGAAGACAAUCUCAGCUGGUCAACUUGUAUGCUCUCAUCUUAAAGAAGUCCAGUGUCGAGCGGUUCUUUACCCGUACAUGCCCAUAUCACUGGUGGGUCAAAAUGUGACUUGCAAUAAAGAUGUUGGUUUCAAAUGCAUCAACAAAGAACAAGGGCAUCAGCAACAGUGUUAUGAUUAUGAAAUCCAAUUAAAAUGCUGUGGGUGUUCCAUUCCAUCAACUCCUUCAACUACGCCAACCACCACAACUUCGACCACAACUGAAACACCAACAACAACUCAGCCACCCACAACAACUCCUUCCACAACAGUGCCAACUACAACACCUUCAACUACGCCAACCACCACAACUCCUUCCACAACUGUUCCAACUACAACACCUUCAACUACGCCAACCACCACAACUCCUUCAACUCCUUCCACAACAGUUCCAACUACAACACCUUCAACUACGCCAACCACCACAACUUCGACCACAACUGAAACACCAACAACAACUCAGCCACACAUUACUACAUCUUGCCCUGAGGGACACUAUAUUGCAUGUGAAUGGUCAGAAUGGAUUAAUGUUGGCAAACCCACAUCAGGCCCUGAUGGUGGGGAAGAUGAAUCCAUCCAGAAGACAAUCUCAGCUGGUCAACUUGUAUGCUCUCAUCUUAAAGAAGUCCAGUGUCGAGCGGUUCUUUACCCGUACAUGCCCAUAUCACUGGUGGGUCAAAAUGUGACUUGCAAUAAAGAUGUUGGUUUCAAAUGCAUCAACAAAGAACAAGGGCAUCAGCAACAGUGUUAUGAUUAUGAAAUCCAAUUAAAAUGCUGUGGGUGUUCCAUUCCAUCAACUCCUUCAACUACGCCAACCACCACAACUUCGACCACAACUGAAACACCAACAACAACUCAGCCACCCACAACAACUCCUUCCACAACAGUGCCAACUACAACACCUUCAACUACGCCAACCACCACAACUCCUUCCACAACUGUUCCAACUACAACACCUUCAACUACGCCAACCACCACAACUCCUUCAACUCCUUCCACAACAGUUCCAACUACAACACCUUCAACUACGCCAACCACCACAACUUCGACCACAACUGAAACACCAACAACAACUCAGCCACCCACAACAACUCCUUCCACAACAGUGCCAACUACAACACCUUCAACUACGCCAACCACCACAACUCCUUCCACAACUGUUCCAACUACAACACCUUCAACUACGCCAACCACCACAACUCCUUCAACUCCUUCCACAACUGUUCCAACUACAACACCUUCAACUACGCCAACCACCACAACUCCUUCAACUCCUUCCACAACAGUUCCAACUACAACACCUUCAACUACGCCAACCACCACAACUUCUACUAUUACUACACCGACCAUAACUGAAGUAACAGGAGAAACCUCACCUCCAGUUACUCAGUAUCACGUUUGCCGUUGCCAUCAUAAUGGUACAGCUUUCCCCCCUGGUUCCAUUGUCUACAAUGAGACGGACCAUGAUGGCCACUGUUACACAGGAUACUGCAAUGAUACUUGUCAUAUUUUUGUGAAUGACAAGCUUGUAAGUCCUGCAUACCAGAAUGAUGACCUCCGCAUUAUCACCACCGGCAUUGAUACAGUGCUUGUCAUCCCUAAAAUAAAAGCCAAGAUCACCUUCUCAGGGCUCAUUUUCAGUAUCUACCUGCCCUAUAGUGAAUUUGCUGGCAACACCCAGGGACAGUGUGGUGGAGGGUACCUGUGA